AUGGAGUUUGUCGAUGGCGGAUUGUCCAUGACAACAGUCUUUACGCCUCCUUCGUCUUGCUCAACUGCUGCUUGGACAUACGAGCCUUCACGGAUAAAUUUUGUCAAAAACGGACUGUUGCUCCAAAAUGCCGGCUACGAUAUCAUGUCUUUAUGUUGGCCAGAUGGCUUCACGCAAGUCGGACGAGACUUCUCGGCGAUCUCCCAGAUCUACAGCCCCGGCUGGUGUCCUGAAGGAUACAGUUCUGUUCAUUUGUCAGACCUCCCCGGCACAGGAUCGAUGACCGGGGUGACAGAGGCGACUUGUUGUAUGAGUGACUUUACUUGGCUUGAAACAGACUGGAACUCCGCACAAACAUUCGAUGGCUGUGUAAGCACUUAUCCAAAGGGAAGCACGACGGUCAUCCAUACCGAUGGUGCAACGUCGAAAACAACAAUCACUGGGCCGGUUACGAUGUGGGCACAGCCCAUCGUUGUCCAAUUCCAGUCCUCCGACUUGAGUCUCUUUUCAACGUCCACCCCUGUUGUCGCGAUGACUUCCAGCACGCCUUCAGCAUCUCCGGGGUCCAAAACCAUCUCAUCUCCUGCUGUAACACAGACCAAUCUGGCAACCAGUACUUCCUCUUCUGGUUCCGCCUCUGCUGGUUCCACCUCUGCUGAUUCUACCUCGGCUGAUUCCAGCGGAUUAUCUUCUGGUGCGAGCAUUGGACUCGGCGUGGGCGUGGGUGUAGGAGGUGCUGCACUGGUUGCCGCGCUCGCCAUGUGGUUUUAUCGUCGGUCCCAGAAGAAACGUGCUGCGUCUCAAAUUAUACAUCCAGUUGACGGCCGAAUGCAACAACAGGGACAACAAUACUACCCCCACCACUUUAUACCAUCUGAGCCCUCAGAGGUCCAUGCAUCGGAAAUCCAAUGGAAACCUGCCGAACUUCACGCCUAG